AUGCGUGCCAGUAACCAUCGUUAUUUGACAGAUGUCGUUGGCCGACUCAGUUCGAUCAGCGGGAUAUCGCACAAGAUCACAAAUAACGAGCCUGCAGUCAAGCAGACGGUUAUAGUUGAGGAUGAAAGUGGAGCGAAGGUCUCAAUUACGCUCUGGGAUGAGUUUUCUGCGGUGUUGGAUCAUGUUGCUCUCACUCAGGCUGACUCGAUUGAAGCUGUGAUUUUGGCAUUUGGCGGCUUGCUGGUUAAUAAGCUGGGAGAUGAUUAUGUUCUGUCGAGUUCUGCCGCUACUCGCAUAUUAGUCAAUCAUGCUGUACCAAAGGCUUAUUUUCUUGCAUCUAGGUUUGCUGAGAAACAUGAGGUUGUUGAAUCCUUGCCGGUUGAGUUUGCUACUGCCGCUGAUGCUACAGCUGAUGCAGAUCGUCGAACCAGGACUUUGAGUCAGCUGAUGGCGUUAUCCAAAACAAAUGCCUCACUGGAAGAGAAGUACCGCUGUGGUGGAGUGAUUGUUGAUGUCGAGUCAAGCACACAUUGGUAUUAUAUUUCAUGCAAGUUAUGUUCAAGGGCUGUUUCGAAGCGUCAUGAUGAUACAUUUUGGUGUCCAAAGGAUUGGCAGUUGGACGAGGAACAAACUCGCGUCAACUACAAGCUCCAGCUUACACUGAGGGAUGACUCCUUGGUUCCUCUUGAUGAUCCUACUGUGGUGGGUGAUCUGCUUGAGUUUUCUUCGCCCCCUCCGUUGGCUGCUCCUAUGGUGCGCGCAUCGAGUAUCGUGGGGGGCCCCUCUGGUUCAUCGAGGGCCUCGAAGGGAAAGGAAAAGGUUUCAGACUCUCUUCUCAUUGAAGCUCCAGCUAUGCCGUUUAGCAUCACUGAUGAACCAGAUCUGAUUGACAGAUUUCCCAGUUAUGAGGGCAAGGAUUUCCGGAACCCUAUUUCUGCAAAUGUCAGAAAUGAAGAUAUUGAUACUGAGUCGCGGGUUCUUGGAGGUUCUUAG